AUGACUACUGUUCACUAUGAUUUGCGACCCCUCAAUCAGCGCGCUUGGAAGAUACUUCCCACACUGAAACCUCCCGGCGCUCUACCAAACUCACCCUUCGACUCACCAUUGAUGGCCUUGGACGACACCCCUGAGACAGCACCCUUCGAGGUGACUAGAUCGGAGACAUCUGUCCUUAGGACCAUCCGCUCUUGCAGUGACGUCAUCCGGGUGAGAAGCCCUUGGUUUGGCCUUCGUGGCCCCAAGGAGAAGACCAUGGAGCAGGUCUCCGUGGCAGAGAAUACCCCUGAUAACCAUACUGAGUCAGUAGAGGACGUGAAUAGAAUAUUGAGUAUGACCUUACCUCCUGCUCCUAGUGCAGCAGGUCCAGACUCUGAAAGCGAUGAGUCCGACGAUGACGGUUGUCCUUGGAUCACGGUUCGACAAAAGCAAAGCCCUGAGGGUGCCUUUUCCGGCAAAGUGAAACCGGACCCUGCUGAACCUCAUGUGUUGAUGAUGGAGCAGGAGAGCCUCGUGAGAGAGGCUGAGCGUCGUCUAACACACGACGAACAUGAGAAAUUGCAUCGAAGACAGUCUAAGAUACACUCACAAGCUGAAUCCCACACAUCCUUAGCAGCGGGACCCUCAAAGGGUAAAGCAACGGACCCAAGGAAAUGGGGAGCAUCUGGUCUUGACAAAGGAGACCUAGAUCUGGACACCCAGCACACUGCAUUCGAAGCCUGGAAUGCUGCUAAGGCAGCAAGAGAGGUGACCAGCAAUGGCGAGGAAGAAGGCAGCUUAGAACACGUGCCUGAGGUCAAGAGCAUCAAGGUGUCCAAGGAGGAACUCAAAAGGCUCAUACACAAACGAGCUGUAGAAGCUGUCCGCGUUGCGGAGGUUAGACUAGAAUGCAAAUAUGAGAAAAAGAUUCGCAAGCUCAAGAAAGACUCAGCACCUACCAAGGAAAGCACUGGGACAGCGGUGCGUCUGCAGCCGGUGCAGUCUAUGAUCGAGAAGGUUGUAAAACCCUUGACCAAGACCCGAGCUGCAAGUGAGAUGCCUCGGGCAAUGCAGCCAGUGCACCAAGUGACGGCCCAGAGCUACAUUGGGCGGGCGCUCAGUAGAGUUCAGUCCAGAGAACCCAAAGGAAAAACUCACAACGAUUCUGAUCCGUCAAGCGAUGACCCGAGUAGUAGCAGCUCGAGCGAGUCGACAUUGAGCGAAUCGUCCAACGAAGCAUCCAAAAGUUCGACAACUGACUCCCGUAAGAAAUCUUCAAAGAAGAAGAAAAAGAAGAAACAUACCAUCUUGAAACCGGUACCUCCCACAGUGUAUGAUGGGGAGGUAGACUCUAGGGCGUUUCACAGGUUCAUAACUGAAGGAACCGCUUAUGUAAAGGAUGGGUGUGUCAAGCACAAGGCGCGCGUAUUCACCUUGUCGAGGUACUUGACUGGUAAAGUGCAUGAGUUUUAUAUCAGAGAAGUGGCGGGAGACCCUUACUGUUGGCAAUUGCCUGAGUUCUUCAACGAACUAUUCAACCACUGCUUUCCAGUCAAUUUACAGACUGAACUGUGUGCCAAGCUUAAGAAAUGCUACCAGAAUGAUAAGACAGUAAGAGCUUACUUCUAUGAGCUCAGCAAGCUGUGGAACAUGAUUGGGGACAUCGACAAAAGACAUCGUGUUGAACGGUUGUGGUUUGGCUUGAGAACCAACAUCUAA